AUGUUGUUCUUCGUCUCGUUCAUUCUCAUCCUUAUAAACACAAAGAGUGUGUUCGCCAAUGUUCAGCAAAACAGAGGCCUAGUGACUGUGGAUGUGAUCGGUGAAUCGAUGUGUCCGGAUGUAGCUGGAUUCGUCGCAAAUCAGUUAUUACCCACCUUUAAAAAAUUCCGCAAUCUUCUUCAAAUUAACUAUCACCCUUUUGGGCCUUUCGCGGAUACACGUUGCGAGGUCGAAAAUGCAAGAAUGAUAUGUACGUGCCAACACGGACCAGAAGAAUGCCAAAAAAACGCGCUACAAGCAUGUGUAAUUGGUGCCUUGUCUAAUGCAUCAGAUUAUCUGGAUAUCGUGGCAUGCACUCAGGGUCCAUCUGGAUUCAAUGAAGCAUUUACUAAUUGCAUUGCAAAUUCUACAGUUUCCGGAAAGCUGAAUCAAAAUAGAAUGUUACAAUGCGCAAGCACUGAUGAAGGUAAAUUGUUGAUGGCGAGACAUGGUAUACUAUCGCGCAAAGUUCAUGAAAACAUAAAUUGGGUGCCAUGGAUCGCUAUAAAUGGGGUACGAAUUCCAGCCGCUGAAGAACAUUUUGAGGAUGUUUUGUGCAACCAGUAUUUUGAUCCUCGACCUCCAGAGUGUCCAAGCCUAAAAGCCUAG